UCCUGUCCCCGUACAAUGUCAUCAAAUAUUUAGAACUUCACCGAGUUUAUACGUCCCAGCUUUGUUAAAAAAAUACCAUAAAAAUAAUGUUUGUUCUUUGAAAACACGCGAACUUGAUGGCCCAACUUUCGAAUCGGAGUAAGAUAAUAUGUAAAUCGGAAAUCAGAGUUUGGAUAAAGCAUAACUAAAAAAGUUCUGUCAAGUUUUUGAUAAAAAUGGCACAGUUUGCGAACACAUUUGCAAGUCAUGCACCAGGAGACGAUGACGAAGACUGGGGACCAGAUUUUGAAGGAGAGUUAUGCUCACAAGAGAUAGAAGAUAACAAGAUAAAUGAGAUUCGGGAGGCAAAUCUACUCAGAAAUUCAACAAAUGAUGGUAAUGUCUUGAGUGAAGAUAAUACUCAGACUGUUCAGACAUUUACUGGAAACCAUAUUGUAAAUGCUAGGAAAACUGGAGCCAUUCCGAAAUCCGGUUUCUCAUACCUCAGUAACACAAAUGAUAAUAAAGCUUUCCUGGCCAUUGGGAUACAAUCCGGAAAUAACAUUCAGCCACAAAGGCAAGCUUCACAACCAGCAGCACAAUCAGGGAAUGCAUCCAUGAAUUCAGAAAAUUCUCAAAUACAAUCACCAACUCGAACAACUUCGGAUAAUAACACGGUGACGAAAAAAACUCCAAGAAAACUUAAACCGGAAGCGUUUUCUUUUUUGAACAAGUUGCCACAGAGAAAUGUUUCCGAAAAUGGCAGUGGCGUUAGUAAAGAAAGGAAAACUUUGACUCCAACAGCCUUUUCUCAUGCUGAGAAAUUGAGCUUUUCUAGAUCACAAGGAAAUAGCAUCAUGGCACUUAAUGAUACCCCAGAAGCAUCUGCCAACGAAAUUCCAUCGGCACCACCUUUAGAAAAUACACCAAGCAAUUAUGAAACCAUUACCGAAGAUUCUUUUUCUGAAUUUGAUUUGACGUCCAUUGGUAAUACAACAAAUAAAGAAGAUGAGAAGCCACCACUUCCGGCAAGGCCGCCACCAGUUUUCAAAUAUCCCCCAGAAACAUUUUCAUCACCAAGACCAAUAUCUAUUGAGUCUACUUGCACUCCCGCCGUUUCUCAACCUCUUUCACAGUCUGCUCCAGUUUACCCAAAACUUAACAGUUCUAUUUCUCCACCAGAUUCUGCUAUUUCCCAUCCACCUUUACAAUCUGCACCAGUUUACCCAAAACUUAACAGCUCUAUUUCUCCACCAGAUUCUGCUAUUUCCCAUCCACCUUUACAAUCUGUACCAGUUUACCCAAAACCUAACAGUUCUAUUUCUCCACCAGAUUCCACUAUUUCCCAUCCACCUUUACAAUCUGCACCAGUUUACCCAAAACUUAACAGUUCUAUUUCCCCACCAGAUUCCACUAUUUCCCAUCCACCUUUACAAUCUGCACCAGCUUAUCCAAAACUUGGACAUUCUAUCUCUUCACCAGAUUCUGGUUUAAAAUAUAAUAAUGCGACUCCACAAGACAGAAUAUUAAACAAGAUGAAUAACAGAAAGAGCCUUCCAGCCAUUCCAGUCUGUCCUGCCGUCCCAAAGCGACCUCUACCUCCUUUACCCAUGUCAAAUACCAAUAAUGUUAGCAAAGUAAAAUCCCAAAAUGAUACAAUUAGGCUUGAAAGCUCUGAUUCUAUGAAUGAAGAAAAAUGGCUUGAAGAAGCACCCACAAUCCAUGGCACGAUAUUCAAUCACCAAGUGAAUGAGCUUCCGAUAUUUGAAGAAUCUGUUCAGCGUACAGCUUUUAAGGAGCCAGUAUUGCAAGAACAGUUGAUCCCAAGUCCUCAACAGCGGUUAGCUCAAAUUCUUACAAAUCAAACCAGUGUUGAUAGCACGAUAUUGCGAUCACAACAGAAAAUAGCUUCAGCUAUAGCUUCAAGAGUUACUGGAUCUCAAAGCAGUUCCAUUUCAAGGCUUCAAACAACUGAAGAAUCCGAUUUUCAUAAUGGUGGAAGACCCAAAGAACUUAUUAGAACGAUGCCAGGAAGAUCAUUAGAAAAUGAUCCAGAGCAAGUGAUUGAAGAUGCGUCAGAAAGACAGCCUUCUUAUCUUGAAGCAAAAGAAGCUACAAAUCCACGUCGAUUUACUGACCAUGAGACGCUUAUCAAUGCCAUGAAUCGCCCUGCACUACCUCAGAAAGCAGCUCCUAUCCAAAGAUCUGUGUCCUGCAACAGUUUGGUGCAAAGUAUUAAGGACCUGAGUUUUUCGGUAUGGAGUAAGUCAGAGAAAAAAAGAAAUUCCGAUGGAAUAAACGUAUCCAAGAAAAAUUCGAGAAGCAUAUCAGUAACAAGCUCAUCAAAGAUUUCAACACCAUUAGCUGUCACAUUAAUUUCAACAGACACACCAAGCGAAGUUACCAAUCUCACUCAUGGGAAUAAUGAUGCAUCUAUUUUAGACGAAGAGAGUACAUUACAGGAGUAUGCUUGGUUUCAUGAUGUGGAAGCUAAAGAAGGUCAACUUCGCUUACUAAGUGUUGGUCAAGAUGGCACUUUCCUCAUAAGACCUAGCAGUAGACCUACUGAAGACAUUCAAAACACAAUGUGUAUUUUAUACAAUGGAAAGGUCCGUAAUUUGCAUAUACGUAGAAGAGAUGAUGGUCGAUAUGUUCUUGGAACAAAAGCUAAUAAAAGUUUCUCAUCUAUAGCAGAAAUGAUAAGACAUCAUCAGGAGAUACCCGUUGAAAUUUUGCCACACGGAUCAACUCUAUCGAAACCUCAGAUGUAUAGAAUAUUUUUGAAAGAAACUCCUCCAAAACUUCAGAAACUAUUUGCAGUAGUUUAAAUAAAAUUGUAUUUUACAGUUAAGAGAAUUUAAUAUCCGAUUGUGAUUAGUAAUUUGUGUUAAUAUAAGUACGCAGAAAGAUUUUAAACAAGUUGAAAUUCAGUCAAGUAUUCUGCUUUACAGUGACUGAAAUG